UCGGUCAAUGGAGGAUACUGUUAUAUAUAUUCAGACUAAGGAAGGAGUGCCCUCUCCAGAUAGCAAACUGCAGAGGCAGAUAGCAACAGUUUCACUUCCAGAGAGAGUUAGAUGACUGAAUUAUAAGAUUUUUUUCUCUCUAUAAUAAUAGUGACAUUUUCAGCAUCUGCACAAGGAUAUUAUCCAAGCUUAUCAAGACGAUCCAAAUCAACCUCCAGAGGACAGAAGAGGGAACAGGAGACAGAUCCAGUCUCUGAAUCUGGAGAGUUGUGGGAAAUUAUAACGUCCAAAUUUUAUUAAUAGAACCAGAAAGAUGUCAGACUUCCCAAACCCCUCUACUCCCACUCCGCCUCCAUUCCACUGUGACUACACUGACUGGUAUCCCUCCUUCUCCAUCAUCCCAUGUGUCUAUCUUCUGGCCUUCCUGGUGGGUUGCCUUGGUAACAGCUUGGUGCUCUGGGUGUACCUGCAUCGAACAAACGGGAGGAGGAUCAGGAUGAGCGACAGACAGCAUAUUGGAAUAGGACAGCAGUGCUUUACCUCUUCCUCAUGCCCUCCCUCCAUCCCUCGACCCUCUCACUCCCUGACUGACUCUUUAAUAGCCAGCCUGGCCUUAGCUGACCUUUGCUUCCUUUUAACUCUGCCAUUCUGGGCUGUGUACACAGCAAUGGGCUAUCAUUGGCCUUUUGGGCAAACCCUUUGCCAGAUCAGCAGCUUCCUCACCGCUCUCAACAUGUACGCCAGCAUAUUCAGUCUGAGCAUGCUCAGUGUGGAGAGGUACUGGGUCUUGACGGGACACCGGCACUCAGGUCACCAUCCCUUGCGGAGGUGUCCCAACAGGACUUUGUGGAUACUCAUACCGGUGUGGAUAGUAGCGGGGGUCCUGGCUCUUCCUGGCUUGCUGCUGCGUUCUGUCAGGGAAGUGGAACUAGACCCUAAGUCUGAAUAUGACCAAGGAUCUGUCGUCCUUUCCUGCCAAAUGGAUUACUCAAUGCUGGUGGGAGCAGAGCUUGACGAGGCUGAGAAAGACAGGGCUGAGAUGUGGUGGGCUGCUGUAUUAAGCUUAAAGUCCACCCUAAUUGGCUUCCUGCUACCACUUGUCAUCCUGCUUGUCUGCUAUUGCUCAUUGGCUCAGCUGCUCAGCAGGCACUUUGGACGUGGCCCUCGUCCUGACCGCAGGCACCAGCGCAGACUCCUCAGGGUCAUUGUCACUUUAGUGAUGGCAUUUUUCCUGUGCUGGAUGCCGCUUCACGUCAACAAGACUGUCUCCAUCCUGCUGGAGUUUGGCUUUGUCUCAUACUCGUGCUCUUUAGACAAGGCUCUGCUGGCUGCUCAUCCAUACGUCACCUGUUUGGCUUACCUCAACUCGUGCCUGAACCCUCUGCUCUAUGCCGCCUGUGACCCUUCAUUCAGAGAAAGAUGCAGAGCAGCUCUUCUCAUGUGGGGCAGGAUAUGCAGAAAAGGAGCAGAGGUAUGUGGGAAGAACGAAGUACAGGACAAACUGGAGAUGGGCUCAACUUUUCCAACAAGAACACAGGAGGAAAUAGAAGGAAGGACAGAAGAUGAGGAGGAAGAGGACAGAUUAUAAGGAGCUGAUGACAAGGGUGUAGGAAAAUGAAUAAUUAAGUCUUUAAGUUCAAAUAAAAAACUGAAUAAAAUUGAUUGUAAAAAAACACUGGAAACCUGGAUAUUUGUUGAAAAUAAAUCAAAAUUAUUUCUAACAUUACCAGCUGCCUAAACAUUCACUCUGUGCUAAGUGUAAGUCUUUUUAAAGUUAACAUCCAGAAAUGGAUGGAAAUAUGUUCCCAUGGUACAAUGGUUGUGUUUCCCACAGGAAAAUGUGUCUGUGUCCUAAAUUAUAUAAUGUAGAAAUGAUCUUAGGUCAGACCAGAGCUUCUCAUGUGAUAUGAUAUGUUAUCCAUUCCUAAUGUACUCUAUUGUUUGUUGGUUUGUGCGGCACUGUUUUUACUGUUGGCUGUUGGAUCUGUUGGCUUCUUCAGGCCAUGACCUCCAGUGUGACCUGCAGCGGUUUGCUGUCGAGUGUGAAACAACCGCAAGGCAAGGCAAGUUUAUUUAUAUAGCACAUUUCAGUAGCAAGACAAUUCAAAGUGCUGUACAUAAAAAAAAAGGAAGAGUAGCUCCUUUAAGCCUGAGGCCAUGGUUCUCAAUCGGAAAAAGCUCCUCUGGAUAGAAAGGAGUCAUCUGAGGUGCUCCCUGGAGGCCUACCUUCUGAGGUUUUCCAGGCAUAACCCCCGGGAAAGACCCAGACUAUAUGUAUUCCGUCUGACCUGGGAAUGCCUUGGAAUCCCCCAGAAUGAGCUGGAGAAUGUUGUUGUGGAAAGGGAUGUCUGGUGACACCUCCGAAGGAAGGAAGGAAGUAAGGAAGGAAGAAAGGAUGGAAGGAAGGA